AUGUGGUGGAUGCUGUUUCCCCGAUGGAUUUGGUUUCUUCUGGGACAUUGUUACACUAUGCUCCUUUAUAUGGACAGCUGCCGUGUGAGAGCAAUGCCCAUGUCUGUGGCAAAAGUGGUGUACUCUCACGCAGGUCUGUGCCCGAACGACCUGAACCCCAACCUGUGGGUGGAUGCUAUGAGCACCUGCAUGCGCGAGUGUGAAUCUGACCAGGACUGUGAGUCGUUUGAAAAGUGCUGCCCUAAUGUCUGUGGUAACAAGAGCUGCGUGGCAGCACGCUACAUAGACAUCAAGGGCAACAAGGGCCCGGUUGGAAUGCCAAAGGGCGCCACCUGCGACAAGUUCAUGUGCUCUCAGCAAGGGUCCGAGUGCGACAUCUGGGACGGCCAGCCUGUUUGUAAGUGCCGCGACCGCUGCGAAAGAGAACCCCACUUCACAUGUGCGUCUGACGGCAUGACCUAUUAUAACAAGUGCUACAUGGAUGCAGAGGCCUGUUCCAAGGGUAUCUCUAUCUCUGAGGUCACCUGCAGGUACCACCUGACCUGGCCAAACACCAGCCCCAUCCCUGCAGAGACCACCUUACAUCCCACCACUGCCCUCCAGACCACCCUCCCAGCUGACAUCCAGCUCCCCGCCAUACACAGCGGCCCCACCCAACAGGCAGUUUUUGUGGGUGAGACAGCUAGCUUCCUGUGUGAGGUGUCCGGGAAGCCUCGUCCGGAAAUCACCUGGGAGAAACAACUGAAGGGCAAAGAGAACACCAUAAUGAGGCCUAAUCAUGUCCGAGGGAACGUUGUGGUCACUAACAUUGGCCAGCUGGUCAUAUACAACGCGCAACUUCAGGAUGCCGGCAUCUAUACCUGCACAGCCAAAAAUGUUGGGGGAAGUGUAUCGUCGCACUUCCCCUUGGUCGUGAUCAAAAGAGAGGCGAAAGGUAAGAGCGCAGAGGGGAAUAGUUCCAACCUGCCAUUUCCAGCUGAAGAGUGCCUCAAGAGUCCAGACACAGAUGACUGCGGAGAAGAGAGCAUGAGCUGGUACUAUGAACCAAAGAGAAACAAUUGCUUCACCUUCACCUACAGUCAGUGCAAUAAAAACCGCAACCAUUUCGACACCUAUGAGGCCUGCAUGCUGUCAUGCGGAGGAGAGCUGGCGGCUCCCUGCAGCCUACCGAGCCUCCAAGGGCCUUGCAAGGCCUACGAGCCUCGCUGGGCUUACAGCAGUGGCCUCAAAAAGUGCCAGUCCUUCGUGUAUGGAGGCUGCGGCGGCAACGAGAACAACUUUGAGUCUAAAGAGGCCUGCGAAGAGAUGUGUCCCUUUCCGAAGAACCACAACUGCAAGAUGUGCAAACCUCGAGGCAAGAUGGUCGCCAGCUUCUGCAAGAGUGACUUUGUAAUCCUCGGGCGUGUGACUGAGCUGACGGAGGAGCAGGAGUCAGGCCACGCUCUGGUGACGGUGGAGGAGAUCCUGAAGGACGAGAAGAUGGGCCUGAGGUUCUUUGGCAAAGAGCCCUUGGAGGUGACUCUUCUGAACAUGGACUGGAACUGCCCCUGCCCCAAUAUCACCACAGCCAACGGGCAGCUCAUCAUCAUGGGGGAUGUUCACAACGGAAUGGCCGUCCUGCAGCCCGACAGCUUUGUAGGUUCCUCCAGCACUCGUAAAAUCAGGAAGCUUCGCGAGAUCGUCCACAAGAAAACCUGCGAUUUCCUCAAAGAUUUCUCUGCCGUCCAGUAG